AUGGCUGAAGAACCGCGUAAGAAUGUAAAUGUAAUAUUUGUAGGGAUGGCCGGGAGUGGGAAGACAACACUCCUCUCUGCUCUUUCCGAGAAGCUUCCUUCGUAUUUGAUCAACUUGGAUCCGGCUUGUAACGAGCCUCCAUAUUCUGCAGACAUUGAUAUUAGGGACACAGUGAAUUAUAAGGAAGUGAUGAAGGAAUACAAACUUGGACCAAACGGAGCUAUUGUCACAUCAUUAAAUUUGUACUCGACGAAGAUCGACCAACUUCUUGCUGUUCUGAAAGACAAGACUGAGCCCGUCCUCAUCGAUACGCCUGGCCAAAUCGAGGUAUUUACGUGGUCUGCAUCGGGGCAGGUCAUUGGCGAGGGUUUAGCAUUUCAAGGCCCGACGAUAUAUGUGUAUGUCGUCGAUACUGCGCGCUGUGUUAAUAACCCAACAACUUUCAUGGCUAAUAUGACUUAUGCGUGUUCGAUUUUAUAUAAGUCGAGACUGCCACUCAUAGUAGUGUUUACAAAGACUGAUGUAUCGCCAGCAACGAAAUUAGAAGAGUGGAUGGAAGACUACGAUAAAUACACAGAAGCGUUGGAAACGCACCAAUCGUAUUCAAACGAACUUCAACGAUCACUGUGUUAUGCACUUGAAGAGUUUUAUAAGAACAUUCUCCACUGCUGUGUCUCAUCGAAGACGGGAAGUGGAUUUGAAGAGUUAAUUAAGAAAAUAGAAGAGGCGAAGGGAAUGUAUUACACGGACUACUAUGAACCACUCAUGAAGAAGGUUGAGAAAGCAAAAGAAGAGGAGAAGAAAAAGAAAGAGAAGAACUUUGAGAAGUUUGAGAAAGACAAGAAAGAGGAAAAUGACAUUGACGGAGACUUCUGCGGGUGUGGAGGGAUCGAUAUGUGUGGUGAAAAAGACGAGGGAAUUGUCUUCAGAAACGGAGAAAGGUUUUGCUUUGGACAACACCCGGAAGAUCAAAGCGAUGAAGAAGAAGGGGAGGUGAUUGACUUGGAUGAGAAGAAGGACAAUGUGGACCAGUAA